GAUGACACCGGUCACACAGCACAGAGCAGACUCGACCGCCGUAUUCAGAGAUCCCAGCUCUCCCAGUUCCUGUUUCCGCCGCAGCCUUUCUACUCAGUUUUCUGGAGGAACAAAUCUCGACUGCCGCUGCGUCAGACCCAGCCUCCGCAGCCUCGGUCGGAUGCCGCUGGAAGCCGGUGUAUCAUGUCAAGGGGAAGAGCAGCCGCAGACGUCCCUCGCUCUCUGCUUGUUAGCCAGCAAUAAUGACUAGGCUGUAGGGAGCCAUGCUACCAGGCCAAGGCGCUGGAAACCUGUUCCCCUCUGCUGGCCUUCAGCUUACCGACAGGAAGGGGAACAAAAGCACACACCACAGAGGACACACUGGGAGGAUCAGAUCCGACAGACUGAGGAGGCAAGAAGGGAGCGUAGGGGGGAGGAGAGACCAAACAAGACCAUUGCCGACUCGUACACAAGCACGUGGGUUCUCCAGGAUCAUUCUAUUCACAGGGAUGUGAUUAGAAUUUCUAAGCCAAACUGCUGUUUGAAUUGGAGAAAUUUGUAAUAGGCAUAGUCUUAGCUGAGGAUCUUCCAACACAAUCAAGACACAACUUUAAUAAAAGAAUCCCGUGGGACAGGAAGGAAACAGCAAGACGGUGUGGGACAAGGUGGUCAACACGGAGCUGGGUGGAGGGGAGAAGACACCAAUCGGGCUAUUAAAACACAAACUUCUGAGCAUGCUAGCCAUGCUCUAGCACACACAGGAAAGGCUGGUUGAUCGCUGGAGAAACAAACGCUGCCUUUUCUUCCACACUCCUGAGCUGCAAACGCACACAUCUCCCUCUCAUCUGUCAUUUAUUGUACCCCAUCCCUGCAAAUAUGCCAAUACCAAGAUUGGCGCUGUGGCACUUGUGGUGACGGGGCACAGAGCGUGUGUGCACAUCCGGCAGGCAGGCCCGGUGGGUCGGUGGGUGUACAGGCACACCAAGAGGCAUUUUUGGGUGGGUGAAGUUGAACCAUGCGGCCCUGGGCGGGUUCAUGGCGUUGGAUUACCCUGGUCCUGUUGGCCUGGGGCACUCUCCUCUUCUACAUCGGUGGUCACUUGGUGAGGGACAGCGAGCACCCGGAGCGGUCCAGCCGGGAGCUCUCCAAGAUCCUGGCCAAGCUAGAGCGGCUCAAGCAGCAGAAUGAAGACUUGCGGCGCAUGGCCGAAUCGCUCAGGAUACCAGAGGGUCAGGCCGAAGUCGGGUCCCUGGCUGCAGGGAGGCUGCGCUCUCUGGAGGACCAGCUAACCAGAGCCAAACAGAAGAUCCACAGCUUCCAGAAACUCACUGGAGAUGGCCCUGGGCCCACUCAGGAGGAGCUGCGGAGGAGGGUGGAGAACGGCGUUAAGGAGUUCUGGUACUUUGUUCGCAGUGAGGUGAAGAAAUUGGCCAACGCUGAGCCCAGUGACAGGCAGAAGUAUGCCGACACGCUCCUGCAGGACCUGGGACACCAGGAGAGGUCCAUCAUGACAGACUUGUUCUACCUCAGCCAGGCGGACGGAGUGGGCGAGUGGAGAAUGAAGGAGGCUAAAGACCUGUCGGAUCUGGUCCAGAACAGAAUCACCUACCUACAGAACCCCCCAGACUGCAGUAAGGCGAGAAAGCUAGUGUGUAACAUCAAUAAGGGCUGUGGUUAUGGCUGCCAGCUCCACCAUGUUGUCUACUGCUUCAUGAUCGCUUAUGGCACCCAGCGCACACUCAUCCUGGAGUCCCACAACUGGCGCUAUGCCCCCGGCGGCUGGGAGACCGUCUUCUUGCCCGUCAGUAACACCUGCACCGACCGCUCUGGGGCCACCACCGGACACUGGUCAGGAGAGGCCCAUGAUAAGGACGUCCAGGUCGUGGAGUUGCCUAUAGUCGACAGUCUCCACCCUCGGCCCCCCUACCUGCCCCUGGCAAUCCCUGAGGACCUGGCCCCACGCCUGCAUCGUCUGCACGGCGACCCCUCCGUCUGGUGGGUGUCCCAGUUUGUCAAGUACCUGGUGCGCCCACAGGCGUGGCUGGAGAAGGAGAUCCAACAGACCACCGCCAAGCUGGGCUUCAAACACCCCAUCAUCGGAGUCCAUGUGAGGAGGACAGAUAAAGUGGGGACGGAGGCAGCCUUCCACCCCAUAGAGGAGUACAUGCUGCAUGUGGAGGAGCAGUUCCAACAUCUGGCCAGACGUGUCCACAUUGACAAGAAACGAGUUUACCUGGCCACUGACGAUCCGUCCCUGCUGCAGGAGGCCAAGACCAAGUAUCCAGACUAUGAGUUCAUCAGUGAUAACUCCAUCUCGUGGUCGGCAGGCCUUCACAACCGCUACACCGAGAACUCACUGAGAGGAGUCAUCCUGGACAUCCACUUCCUGUCUCAGACUGACUUCCUGGUCUGUACCUUCUCCUCACAGGUCUGCCGUGUGGCCUAUGAAAUUAUGCAGAUGCUGCACCCAGACGCCUCCUCCUUCUUCUACUCCCUGGAUGACAUCUACUACUUUGGAGGUCAAAACGCCCACAACCAGAUUGCCAUCUACCCUCACCAACCGCGCAACAGCGAGGACAUUCCCCUGGAGCCCGGCGACGUGAUCGGGGUGGCCGGCAACCAUUGGGACGGAUACUCCAAAGGCAUCAACCGCAAACUGGGCCGCACUGGCCUCUACCCUUCCUACAAGGUCAAAGAGAAAAUUGAGACCGUGAAGUACCCGACGUACCCCGAAGCAGACAAACUGCUCAACUCUCAAAAGAAGUAAAAGAAGAAAUGAAAAAAAAAUAAAAGAAGAGAAGGAGUGAGGAGAAACACGCAGACUCCGAUUCCAGGGAAGGAGGCUGCUUUUGUACAGAAACAAGAGGUGUAGUCAGUACGCUAAGCUGAGAAGAAA